UCACGGUGUCCAUCUCUAAUUCAAUAAUAUAAUUCGACUGUUGCAGCUACUGUUUUGUCAAUAUUUAAUUGAAAUAUCCGCGAUAUGUCGAACAAAAUUCAAGUCUCGCUGCCGGAGGAGGAGCUGGAUUGGAUCCAAUUGCGCCAGGAUCUGGGACCCAUUGCCGAGGUGGAAACGACGAAGGAGAAGCUGCAGCGCAAGAUAAAGGAGAACCCGCUGGUGCCAUUGGGAUGUUUGGCCACCACAGCAGCGCUCACAGCCGGAUUAUACAACUUUCGCACUGGCAACCGCAAGAUGUCGCAGAUCAUGAUGCGCACUCGUAUCGCCGCUCAGGGAUUUACCGUUUUGGCCCUGGUUGCCGGCGUCGUCAUGACUUACACUGACAAAAAAUAACUAUAGCUAAAUAAUCUUAUGACCCAUAAUAUAUAGGCUGAAUUUUGAUUCGGUUUUGUUUUUUUUUAGCACAUUGUUACAAAAGCUACCACCUACGGCUAUUAACUUGUAUAAAUAUUUAAAUAUAUGUUUUCUUUUAUAUAGCGAGUAUCUAAAAGAUAUGUACCUAUAAAUCCUA